UCAAUUUUGGGUAUUUCUCCUUCAUAUAAAACAAACAUCCUCUCCUUUUCAUUUUAGUUCCAUCAGACAGCUAUGGGGCAACGCUCCACCCCACCGGCACACCCUCAUGCCAAUUACUGUCUUGCCUAAGCCUUGAAGAAUGCUAUGAUCUUCAGUUCAAAGACUAGAGAGGGGAAGAACUCAAAAGAGGAAGAACACAAGUGGGUUUUCUGGGAAAAGGAGAAUGGAGGGUGGAGAUUACAGGAGAAGGUGGACCAGUCUAAAGCAUCGGCUAGGAUUCAAGGGGAUGGGCUGCUGUGGUGCCACGUGGAGACCCACUUCUUCUACUUUGACCAUCAUGGAGGCCCUCCAAGAAGAACAACACAUGGAACAAGUGGAACUAGUCAGCACCGUGAAUCAUGCUCCGGCACCGGCGGUUAUGAACCUAGCAAUGGCAUUAGCGGCGGAGCGCAAUUCGCGGGAUGAGAAUGCGGGACCCCCCACCGAAGUUAAGUCUUUGAUGAGAUUGAUUGAAGAAACGGACGGUGUCGAUUGGAGGAAGAAAAGGAGGAGGGACAAAGGAGUGGACGGUGAUUGGCUGUGCUGCGUGUGCAUGGAGAGGAGUAAAGGUGCGGCUUUUAUUCCCUGUGGGCACACCUUUUGUAGGGUUUGCUCGAGGGAGAUGUGGGUCAACCGUGGGUCUUGUCCUCUUUGCAACCGUUCGAUCCUCGAGAUCCUUGAUAUCUUUUGAGAUCGUAUUUCAUUUUAUUUUUUUUUCCAACCGUUCGAUCUACUACUUCGUACCGUUAAAAUCAUAUGGUCUUAUUAUGUAUUUCUCCAAUAUCCCUCAAUUUUGUCAAGAAAAUUUAACGUUCA